GCAUAGGCGUAAUAGAGAGUAUCGGAGCAGAGAGUAGAACUGAGUUCAGUUCAGUUUCGAAGAAAAUAAGGAUGAAGCUUGGUGGAAUCAAAUCGGUGGAGAACGCGCACGAUGAUUCCGUCUGGGCGGUCACAUGGGUACCCGCAACCGCCAACCGCCCACCGCUCCUCCUAACCGGUUCCCUCGACGAGACCGUCAGGCUCUGGCGCUCCGACGACCUCCUUUUGGACCGCACCAACACCGGCCACUGCCUUGGCGUCGCCUCCGUCGCUGCCCACCCUCUAGGCUCCCUCGCCGCCUCAUCUUCCCUCGACAGCUUCGUCCGCGUCUUCGAUGUCGAUUCCAAUGCUACCGUCGCCACCCUCGAGGCCCCUCCCUCCGAAGUCUGGCAAAUGCGUUUCGAUCCCAAGGGUUCUAUUCUAGCAGUUGCUGGUGGGGGUAGUGCAUCAGUCAAGCUUUGGGACACUUCAACAUGGGAACUUGUUGCCACAUUAUCAAUUCCCCGUCCAGAAGGACCCAAGCCCACAGACAAGAGUGGUAGCAAGAAAUUUGUGCUGUCAGUUGCAUGGAGUCCUGAUGGGAAACGACUUGCUUGUGGUUCGAUGGAUGGCACCAUUUCUGUUUUUGAUGUUCCACGUGCCAAAUUUUUACAUCACCUUGAAGGUCACUUCAUGGCCGUGCGGUCUCUUGUUUAUUCUCCUUAUGAUCCAAGGGUACUGUUUACAGCAUCGGACGAUGGUAACAUCCACAUGUAUGAUGCUGAGGGGAAAGCUUUAGUUGGGACCAUGUCAGGUCACGCUAGUUGGGUACUUUGUGUGGAUGUGAGCCCAGAUGGGGCGGCCAUUGCCUCAGGUUCAAGUGAUAGAUCGGUAAGGCUAUGGGAUCUUAGCAUGAGGGCAUCUGUGCAGACAAUGAGCAACCAUACAGACCAGGUAUGGGGAGUGGCUUUUAGACCACCUGGAGGGACUGAUGCGCGAGGUGCUCGUCUUGCUAGUGUAUCUGAUGACAAGACCAUUUCACUUUAUGAUUAUUCUUGAUUUAGACAUUGCGCCCUCUAGUUGUACUCUUUAAGCUUAUCAUCUCGUUAUUGCUUUGCCGACAACUUCAUUUUCAAUUCAAGGAAAUGCAUGCUUCUACAUGCUGUAUCCUUUAUUCA